UCUAUAAUUCCAUAUUCUCCCACCUCACCACCGCGGACCUAGUCUCUGCCUCCCGGCUAAUUCGCAACAUAACACUUUGCCGAAUCAACCUCACCUUCCAAUAUAAACUAACUCUGGCAAACGAAUGCCGAAAUUUGAAUUCGAUCGCGUUUAUAAAGUGCAAAAAUCUAGAUCCCAAAUUUUUAAAGGAUUUAGCGAGAGCCAAUACACUUUCUCUUGAGAAGUUUUGCAUUUGGGGUGACUGCGUACCUGGAAAUAAUUCUGUCGACAAAACUACAAGCACAGAAAUAACCGAUGAUCUGUUGACACCGAUGUUAGAAUUUUGUGGAAAUCUCCGAGAACUCAGAGUUUGUGGUGCCGAGAUAACCGAUGACUUUUUGACCAGCCUAGCGUCCACCAUGAACGAUCAAGUAUCUUCCCCUUCGUCAUCAACUGGCGAUGAAACGUCGAGUUCCACUUACAUGGAAAAUUAUAUAGCGAGCAUUGAAGAUCCUACUUGCAACGAUUCUUCUUCAAGCUCAACGUAUUCAACAAGCAGCAGGAAUUCAACUGGUAACACCGAAACCACCAAACCCUCAACAAUGCCGUCGAUAUGUGGUGCGUGUACCGGUCAUAAUCAUAAUUUUCAGACAAAAUCCGAUAAUCAGGAUAAUACCCGCGGUUCAAUGUUUCUCGAUAUUUCGCAAGAUGCAUUAUCUAUGGAUGACGUCACAUCAUACACACACAUUACCUGCCCUCAUCUAACAACCCUAGAUCUCACUGAAUGUUUUAACCUGACCGCUUUUGGUGUAGCCGAAUUAUUCUCUCCGCAGCAGCUACCAAAGUUUCAAGUUCUCAUUCUUCAAUAUAAUCCUAGGAACGACAUUGAUCUAGAAUUUUUCGAAUUCUUGGCGGAUAAUUUCAAAUCUCACGUGUUCAUAGUGAACGUGAUAAAUUCUAACAAGCUCAACGGAAAGAACAAGGCAUUACAGACGUUUGCAAGAAUAAAUAAGAAUUUGGACAUCUUAGUCAAAAAGAAGAACAAU